AUGUAUAAAUCGCAAAAGGCAUCUGAUAGCACAAACCAAGAAGAAUUAUCUCCAGAAGGAUUAAUAGAGCAUCAGCAUCAACCAAAUAUUGAUGACGACAAUAAUAAUAUGCAUACUGAGGCACAAGAAAAUGUUACGUGUCAACAGCCAGAUAGCGAACCACCUGAAAUGUACCAUAAGGUCAACGCUGAAUUUAUUUUUCAAGGCGCAACAAGUUUGAUUGUUUCCAGUCUAUCUCAAGAUAAUUAUUCAAAUACAAUUUAUAGAAAUGAUUACUAG